AUGGCGUCUCACUUUGACACUCUUCGUGAGUAUAGAGUGUCGCAUAGCAAGCCAUUGCUCACCGCGUACCCGCGUGCGUGGGCAAUCUCCCUCUCUAACAAAAACACCCCUCCUUCUUCCCACGCGUCGCGCACACACGCCAUUCUUCAGAGCUCCACGCUGGUAAGUAAGACAGACGCAUACACGCCCGCCCCCCCUCAUUGCUCAUCUUCACUUUGCUCACACUCCAACGUUAGGUCAGGAGCCCGAUCCUGCAUCCAACGCCCGUGCUGUGCCCAUUGUUGCUUCUACGUGAGUAAUGUCGUGCGGAAUUUGAUAGAUACGCCGCGCACAGCUCUCGGUGCUGCAGAGUGUGGCGCGAAAUUGUGGGCAAGUGUUUCCCCCCCUUGCACUCCAAACUCACGCCAACACCCUCACCUCCAAUCUCAGCUCGUUUGUGUUCAACAACUCUGAGCAUGGAGCCAACUUGUUCGGUCUGCGCGAGUUUGGAAACAUGUGAGUGGCACCCCGUCAUGAGCGCUAGGAAAAUCUUUGGGCUCCUCAGACUUUUUGCUUGUUGCGCGGUCGUCAACUGCCAGCUACUCGCGUCUUAUGAACCCGACCACUGUGAGUGUGUGAUGGUGACAAGUCGUAGACGCGACAUGCGCUCACGCCGAUCGGCACCUCUUCAGGAUGUGUUUGAGAAGCGCAUUGCAGCGCUCGAGGGCGGUGCUGCUGCUCUUGCCACCUCGUCCGGUCAAAGUGCUCAGGCCAUGGCCGUGCUCGCUUUGGCCCAGGCGGGGGACAAUAUCGUCUCCACGUCUUACCUGUAUGGAGGAACGUACAACCAGUUCAAGGUCCUCUUUCCUCGCAUGGGCAUCACGACCAAGUUUGUCAAGGGAGACAGCCCAGACGAUAUUGCCAAGGCGAUCGACUCCAAGACAAAGGCGGUGUACAUCGAGUCGAUUGGUAACCCGCGCUACAAUGUGCCGGAUUUGGAGGCCAUCGCCAAGAUUGCCCACGAUCACGGCAUUCCCCUCGUCGUGGACAAUACGUUUGGUGCGGGUGGAUACCUCAUCCGUCCCAUCGACCACGGAGCAGACAUUGUCGUGCACUCUGCCACAAAGUGGAUCGGCGGUCACGGAACGACGAUUGCUGGAGUGGUCGUCGACUCUGGCAAGUUCGAUUGGAAAAAGUCUGGACGUUUUCCACAAUUCACCGAGCCUUCGGAGGGUUAUCACGGUUUGAAGUUUUGGGACACGUUUGGAGCGGUCACGUUUGCCAUUUUCCUUCGCGUAGUGAUUCUGCGCGACUUGGGACCUAGCAUCAACCCUUUUGGCUCCUUUUUGCUCCUGCAAGGUCUCGAGACGCUCAGCUUGCGUAUUCAGCGUCAGGCCGACAAUGCCCUCGCCAUUGCUCAAUGGCUCGAGAAGCACCCCAAGGUCGCUUGGGUCUCCUACCCCGGUCUCACCUCUCAUCCGAGUCACCAGCUGGCCAAAAAGUACCUGGUGAGUUGCGUGCGCGCGCGCGCGCGCGAGAGAAUUCUUGAAAAGAGCGCUCUUGAGAGAGCUGAUGCCCACACGAACGGACGUUUUUCCCUUCUUUGCCAGCCGCGCGGUUUCGGAGGUGUGUUGUCUUUUGGUGUCAAGGGCGACGACAAGUCCGGCGCGACGUUUGUGGACAAUCUCAAGCUUGCCAGGUGAGCCCUCGCGCGCGUUGCGGGAGUGCUUUUUGCGAGAGCGCGCGUCCCCUGGGCGCUUACACUGCCUAUGCUUCGCUAUCUCCUAGUCACUUGGCAAAUGUGGGAGAUGCAAAGACGCUCGUCAUUGCUCCUGCUGCCACGACUCACCAGCAGCUGACUGACCAGGAACAGCUGGACUCUGGUGUGACCAAGGAUCUGAUCAGGUGAGGGUGCGAGGCGCAGCGGAAAUCGUCAUCUCGAGUCGAGUCGCACAUCUUGCCGCUGACACUUGCUUGCUACGGAAAAUCAUCAGACUGAGCGUCGGAUAUGAGUUCAUCGACGAUAUCAAGGCUGAUUUGGAGCUUGGCUUCAAGGCUCUUGCUUAA